CGACUAUUCAAUGGCAGAGCCACCAAGAGGCGUUCGGCGAGGGAGGGAGAGAGAUGCGCAGGCGCUAAGCCUCAAACCGUCAAACGACGGGCAAAGUCCGGCUUGGAAAUCGAGAAACUGGUGACGAUCCGGAAUAAGCCUAAGGAAAGUGAGGAGCGUUCCAGUACGACUGAUAGCAAUCCAAAGCGAGAACGAACAUUUGUGAUGUAGCAGUAGCAGUGAUCUGGGAGCAAUGGAGGCUUGGAGCCCUUUGGAGCCUGCUUCAAGAGACACGAGGAGCGGGCAUCUACCGAGCAAACUCGGAUCUCUCACCCGGGCGGACACUGACUCUGGAUUCGGUUGUAGUCGUGGACGUGGGUGAGAGGCUGCAUGGGUGCCAUUGGGGGGAGAGAGAGAGAGAAAAAAAAGAGAAUGUGUGUGUGUGUGUGAGUGAGAGAGAGAGAGAGCAGUGAUAGAAGUAGCAUUCAGAGACGAAAUGCAGACGUCCUGAGUGUGUAGAAAACCGCGCCUUUUGUAUCCCGCAGCAGCAGCAGCCACAACGACAACAACGGGAGUGAGGGAGUGAGAGAACGAGAGUCGAGGAGUUAGCUAGCUAGCUCCAUGAUAUUCCAUGGAGAAGCCACUGGACCGCUCCCGAUCACUUGGAAUCGCAGGAAGAGACGAACUCGAAGAAGAAGCUUCAACAAAGCUCAAAGCCAGGGGCAUCUCGCACAUCUUUCAGUUGGAUAGGCAAACUUUUCUCGUUCUAACCUCCACUGCCUUUCUCUCGGGCUCUGGACCUAGAGCUCCUGAAACCCACGACCAGAGAACCUCAUUGCUCCUAUUUCUCUCCUUCGUUCUUCUCCUUCGUUCUUCGUCUUCUUCUUCUUCUUCUUCCUCCUCCUCUUCCUCCUCCACUCACUCUACUACUACCACCACCUCCUCCUUAUUCUUCGCCUUCUCUCCUCCACGUUACCAGGAGUUUUGCGGUCUGCAAGUCCGAUUGUGAUAUCAAGACCCAAAACUCGCAUUUCCAUUUCGACUCUCAGCCCAGAUAGACGACACCUGUACAAUCCAGGCACCCGUCGUUCAAUCACCCGGGACUUGUUUGUGCGAACCGGAAACGGUCCGGACUUGUCGAAUUCUGAGCUGGGCUAAUUCAAGAGGAAGGGAAAAAAAAAUUCCAAGUGUUGGAAUCCAAUCCAAUCGAAACUUCCAAGCCGGCAGUGUUUGUCGAGGUCAAACCUUAGCCCAACCUUAAACACCACUGUUUCAUCCAACUCGUGCGGCGUCUUAACUUGCUUCAUCUUGACCCCAGCAACACCAAGGUUAGGCUAGUGGUCGAAAAUACUUUGUUCCUUUAGUCCGGAUCAAUAGUUGUGCUUGUGUGAGAAGAAAAUCAACGAUCGAAAGAGUGAUGCCUUUGCCUCCUGUCGUAUGGCAAUGUGCUUAACUAAACUUGCGACUGAGUCGUCGUCGUCCAGUAUCUCCCACGCCCACAACAAUAACGGAUCAUCCGCACCCAUAAUGGAAACCGCCAAACUGACACCCACCUCAGGUAACUCGAGUGCCACACCUACACCAGAAUACCCCGCUCGGAGUUCGCCUCCGUCUUCCUUGGGUCGGGGGUCGCCUCAGCUUAACCAUCACUCCAAUCAUCACCAUCAUCAUCACCAUCGCGGAGGGGGUGGAAUUUCGCCACCAUUGCGUGGUGGCGGUGGAGCCAGCCCGCCACCCACCUUAGUGCCGAGUGCCAUGUCCAUGGUGUCCAUGGCAUCGAUGUUGGGCCAUCCCGGGGGCAUGCCACCCUCGCUAUUCUCCAUGGGCUACCCUCGAGACUUGGGUGGCCGGAAUCAUGGCAUUGACGAUUUUGCAUCCAGUAUGCACAAAUUCAUGGAUCGGUCGUUUGGGGAUAGCCCACCUCCACCCUCGGUGCCGACCAAUGAUCCGACGGCCAACGAGUGCAAGAUCGUGGAGUAUCGCGGUGAGAAACUCGCGGCCUUUACCAUUUCCGGAAAAACCAUGCUGUGUCUGCCUCAAGCCUUUGAACUGUUCCUCAAGCAUUUAGUGGGUGGCCUUCACACGGUGUACACCAAACUGAAACGCCUCGAAAUCACGCCCAUCGUCUGCAAUGUGGAGCAAGUGAGAAUCCUCCGCGGUUUGGGCGCUAUCCAACCUGGUGUGAAUCGCUGCAAGCUCUUGGCCGAUACAGAUUUCGACACACUCUACAAGGAUUGCACGACAUCAAGCUCCAGGCCCGGAAGACCGCCCAAACGAGGCGUGCCGUUUCCCCCCAUGUCGCCCCAAGAUGCCAUGCUUCACUUGAAAUCCAUUCACAACGGAGGUGACCCCUACAAGGACGGACCUUAUCCCAAAGAGCCCAGAUUGGACAAGAACCCCUUUGGAAAUGGUUUUGGUCCUCACGGCCAUCCGGGACUGAACCCGAUGGCCGCUCAGUUCAUGGCCCUCAACCAUCCAGCGGCCGCACAAGCGGCACAAGCCGCAUUCCUCUCACAUUCGGCAGCAGGUGGAGGUGGAGGUGGGCCUGGGUUGCCGCCCUUUGGAGGCCUACCCGUGGUCACUUCUAGUCCGAGCAUUCCGGGUCGACCCGAACCGCAGAAUUUCAUGAAAAAUCCCGGGUUCUCCUCCUUGGAAGCACUUCAAAGGAGUGGCCUCUUCGGCGCUGCCUAUCUCGAGCGAAUGAGGGAAGGCCAAAGAACGCUGCAAGAUCAACAAGAACGAGCUGCAGCUGCUGCAGCCGCAGCGGCAGCUGCCGUCGCAGCCACUGAUCAAGACAAACGUGACCGCAGACACUCGGAUGGUCUCUCGUCAGAGGAGAAGGACCGCUCUCACCGGAUGCACCAUGACGCCCGACGGGACAGUUUGGAACGCAGCAGUAGUCUCCAUCGUAACCACUCCGAUCACCAACCACACCACCAACACCAUCAGCAACAGCCGCACCGAGAUGGUGGGAGCAACAGCCCAGUCCUAAACCUGUCAAAACCCUCGGGCAGUGAAUCUCCCAUUUCUGAUCCGGGACACCAUCGUCUUGGGGAUGUGGAGGAGGAGGAGGAGGAGGACGUCGUGUCCGACGAUGAUAUUGCCCCCGUGUCAGAUAAGAAAGAGGACAAGGAGAACAACAACCGAGACAUCUUGGCCAAUGGUAAAGGCCCUGUGAAUCCCACCUCCAUUCCGGGCUUCCCGAGCAAUCUCGUCGAGAACAUGGCCGCUAUGGCCGCAGCCAGUGGGCAAACCGGCGGUGGUGAUGGCCAAUUAAACUCCGUGUACGGCCUCAUAGGCAACAUACAAGCCCUUCUCAAGAUGGCAGUCGAGAACGCCAAAAAAGACGAAAGUCCCACUAUUACCAAAUCUGACCCUAAGACUGAUAUUGGCCUGAGCAAGGGACAACCUAACAAGGCCCCCAUGUCAAGAACCACCCCCAGUGGCUCAAUUCAUGACGAGUUGGAAGAGAUGAAGAAAAACAGCCAAAUCUAUCUGAAGCGAUUUAAGAAGGAAAAGCGCUACCGCCGCAAACUCCAGGAACAAUUGGAACUGGAAACCAAGCGGCGGGUGCAAAUGGAGGAGGCUUUGAAGAUGACGAGUGCGGAGACCCUCAAGCGGAUCACCGAGUCCAUGCAUAAAGAGAUGGAGGAGAAGCAAAUGAACGAGUCGGUCGAUAUCCGAAAGGACUCGUCGGAUUCCUUGGAGGGCCGAGGUUCCAACUACGGACAAUCCCGACGAGACUCAUUGGGACCGCGAGGUGCGGGCGAAGACUCGCCGGGCCUGCCCUCCACGCCCAAGAGCCACGAUGGAUCGAGUGUAGGCGAGGAUGACGAAGAUGAGGACGACACCCACGGUUUGAACAAAUCCUCCUCCUCCUCUUCGCUCCACCCGCAAUACAAUGCCAAAGUUAGCAGCACCAGCGACAACGGCAAGAACGGCAGUCGUGGCGGCAACAACGCUUCCGCAAUUGGCGGUGUCACCACUGCCACCAUUGGAGGAGCCUCCACCCCUCCCAGAGACGCGCCAACCAUUGGAUUUGCCAAGAAUUUAUUUCCCUUCAAUGGUUCUUCUUUGUUCGGCAGUGCUAAUUAAUUCAAGGAUUCAGACGAAAGCUGAACGAAGCCCAAGCAAGAUCCAGGAUGGAGUCUCAAUUCCAAUACUGGUACGCGCAACAACAACAGCAAUGAUAAAAACAAUAGCAGCAGCAGAGUUUGGUUGUGAAGCCACCAAAAGAGUUCUUUGAUGCACAUAUGCCACAAUCGUCGCCCAUGAGUGCUAGGCAAAGAUACCCUAGAAGAAAUCUGAUUCGCAAUCAUCAUCAUCAUCAUCAUCAUAAUCAUCGCCAUGAUUUAGAAUGCAUUUCUGUCUACUUCUUCCUCGUCUUCAUCAUCUCAUUUUCCUCCAACAAUGAUUUGUGCCAUAAAUUCAACUUUGAAACAUGCCAAGAACAACCCUACCAACUAACCUUCAAGAACAGCACUGAUAUAACCACGUUUUGAUUCGAGCUUUGCGAAACCGUGGAUCGAUCCAAAGCAUUCAUGGCUCGCUCGGCCAAUGAAACUCCUAAUGACCUACUCGCAUUCUCUGAUUUCCUUCCACCCACCCUUAAAGCAGCAUGUGAACACUCCUGAUCUUCAGCAUCGCCAUCACCAAACAUACUUCUACCAUUAAAUGAAUCUAUGACUACUCUCCCAAAUGCUUUACCAACCACGAUUAUCAUUGUUAGCAUCGUCAUUCAUCGCUACUAUUGCUACUAUUAUAAUUACUACUACUACCACUACUACUACUACUAUAACAACUACCACCACUACUACUACUAUUGCUCCUGCUCCUCAUUACAUAUACUAUGAACAGUUAGUUCUCACUGUAGACUAGGCAAUCUAAACCCCAAUCCUUUCAACUUUCAAGUGUUACAUAUUUCAGAACAAUAUCCUCCUCAUGCUCCUCUUCGCAAUCGAAGAAGCCACCAACUAUGGCAGGAACAACAAAGAACUACUAAGCUAUUCCCGUUUUGACCUGAAUUAUCUGGUCUUGAAAUAAAACCAAUUGUCCCCUCUAUUUGAGAAAAAAAGGGAACCUCCUCUGGCCAGAGUUUACAUACGCACAGAGGCCAGCAGUCAGGUCAGGUUUCUUUCUAGCAAAUCUGCUCAGCGCGCAUUAAGCAUUGGUUGGAUCGAGAGACCGCUUUAUUCACUCUCAGUUCUAGGUGUCACACUUUCGAUAUCAGUUCGUUUCCAGAAUUGUAACUCCGCCAACCACGCAUGGUCGGUGCACUUAGUCAAACACUUUCCUUAGAUAUAUUGCUAUAGAGUACGAUUGCAUUUGUCAACCACCAACCACCCCGAACUCGUCGAGACCACAUUGGCCCUCCUUAAAGCUCUGAUCUCAGAGCUUUGAACCCCUUCUUCCUUCACUCAUUGCUACCCAUACAAUACUGUUCACUUCCUUAUCAUUGUGGUUAUGAUUACUAUGGUAAUUAUUAUUAUCAUUAUCAUCAACAACACCGACAUCAUUCAUUAAAACUAUACACUUGAUAAUUGUUAUAUAAAUAAAGAAAACAUUUCCAAAAACAACUCAAA